AUGAAUGACAGGUACCACAAGGCGGCCCGGGAUGGCUACCUGGACCUGCUCAAAGAAGCCACAAGGAAGGAACUCAACGCGCCGGACGAAGAUGGCAUGACACCGACGCUAUGGGCUGCCUACCAUGGGAACCUGGAGGCCCUCAGGCUGAUUGUGGCGAGGGGUGGAAACCCAGACAAGUGUGACAUAUGGGGGAACACGCCCCUCCACCUCGCUGCCGCCAAUGGCCAUCUGAACUGUCUGUUCUUCCUGGUUUCUUUCGGGGCCAACAUCUGGUGCCUGGACAAUGAUUACCACACGCCACUGGACAUGGCAGCUACAAAGAAUCACAUGGACUGUGUCAGAUACCUGGAUUCCAUAGCGGCUAAGCAGACCAGCCUCAACCCCAAGCUGGUCAGCAAACUGAAAGAUCGGGCUUUUCGAGAGGCAGAGCGACGGAUUAAGGAGUGUAUGAAGAUGCAGAAGAAACACCAGAGGAGAAUGGAGAAGAAGUUUCACAAAGAUUCUUCUGAGGCGUCCGCUUCAGAUGCCAUGAGUUUCUCAAGUUAUACAGGCAGCUCCGUCAGCCACAAACUGCGAAACUUCAACCCAGGAACUGUCAGCGUGCCAUACUCUCAGGCUACACUCCAUGCCACUAAUCGAGGCAAGGCAAAGAUCCAGAAAAAGUUGGACAGGAGAAAACAAGGAGAUGGGACCUUCAAGAUUUACGAGGAUGGACGGAAGAGUGUUCGCUCACUAUCCGGCCUUCAGCUGGGCAACGACGUGAUGUUUGUCAAACAGGGGACCUACGUGACCGCCAAAGAGCGCGGGCGCCGUAACGUUCGCGACAUGUUCCCCAGAGAGAACGACGACGCAAUCUCACGUGCCAUGAGCGAGCCGGACCUCCAUGGACCGGAUGUGGACUACUCUGAGAUCAGCACUGAUUCAGGGCACGACUCCCUCUUUAACAGACCAGGACUGGGCACCAUGGUCUUCAGAAGGAACUAUGUAAGUGGGGGGAUGUUCGAGCUCGGACGGAGGGACGAUAUGAGCGUGUCGCAGUCUGAUAAUACUGUUCGGCUGCGUAGUACACUGCAGCCUUACACCAGCAUGGAUGAAGACAGUAUAGGUAGCGCCCGGAGCCUGCAGGAGAGGAACAUUGACGAGGUGCCUUGGGAUGAGGUAGAACUAGGCCUGGACGAUGACGACGAAGCUGACUCCAGUCCUUUAGAAGUGUUUUUGGCCACACAGAGCAUGAGUGAGUUCUUCUCUAUCUUCAAACGGGAGAAGAUUGACCUUGAAGCCCUGCUGCUGUGCUCAGACAAUGACCUGAAGAGUAUUCACAUUCCCCUAGGUCCUCGGAAAAAGAUUUUAGACGCCUGUAAAAGACGACUAGAGACAAUAGAAGAUCCAGAGACUAUAGAGGAUACUGAACUGUAA